GAUGGGCCCACUUGUGCUGGAACUGUACUGGCAACACGCCCCCCGCACCUGCAAGAACUUUGCUGAGCUGAGCCGCCGCGGGUACUACAACGGCACCAAGUUCCACCGCAUCAUCAAGGACUUCAUGGUGCAGGGAGGGGACCCCACGGGUACUGGCCGUGGUGGCGCCUCCAUCUACGGGAAACAGUUCGAGGAUGAGCUGCACCCGGACCUGAAGUUCACUGGCGCCGGGAUCCUGGCAAUGGCCAAUGCAGGGCCGGACACCAAUGGAAGCCAAUUUUUCCUGACACUGGGCCCAGCACAGUGGCUGGAUGGGAAGCACAGCAUUUUUGGGAGGGUGUGCCAAGGAAUGGGGGUGCUGGGGCGCCUAGCCAUGGUGGAGACUAACUCCCAGGACCGACCCCUCGAUGAUGUAAAGGUCAUCAAGGCGUAUCCCUCGGGAUAGGGGUUGUGGGGUACCUCCCUCCAAAUUGUACUGCUCAUUUAUUUGUAAUAAAGGAAGUUGGAUGUGA